AUGCCAUCGGCAGGCCCCAGCGAGGCCGACGGGCGCGACUCUCCAGAACCAUCGUUAGUAGACCUGGCCACAUGCCAUACGAGUUCAGUCGACCACUCCAACAUGUCCCACCGGGCAGCGAGUCCCAAAAGCUCGACGAUGAUGUCCACCUCUCCAAGCCAUCGCCGGAUGGAGCCUUUCAUCCGACCUUCGCCGAUGAUGCAAGACGAGCUGAUGAGCCUCGCUAUCCCUGAGAUCCUGAAACCCGAAUCGGAUGCCUAUCGGAUCACCAGUCGCCAGUCUACCCAUCCUCCUUCAUCCACUUUUACCUCCAAAAACUUGAACCGUCUCAACAAGAUCACCAACCCCACCCUGCUCAACAGAGUCAAAGAUAAACUCUUGCACAGGUCGAACUCACAACGAUCAAAGCAAUCACUCGAUCGGCUCCAAGACUUCCAGUUUGCUGCUGCCACCUCUCCAACCGACUUGGAUUGGUUAACAAGACAUAUCUCGACCUCCUCUCACAAAGCCCCAACCGCUUACCUCUCCGAGAGCAAACUCACUGCGAUCGAAAGAUGGAGAAUCGCCGUUUAUCUGUCCGACCUACUCAAAGGAAUCUGA